AUGGAAAAGGGUGAGACAAUUUCCAACAAAAAACGUUUUUCAAACGCCACCAAGAAGACACAUCGCAUUUCUUAUGAAAAUGAGGACGCCGCACGUUCGGCGCUGAUCGAGUUCUGUAUCUAUGUCUGUUUUCUUGUGAUGACGCUAUUGGUGGCCUCUUCUUCACGCAACAUGUCUAUGUACUUCUUCAACAAAGGUAUCGAAAAUAUAUUCUUAUCGCGUGAAGUCAACACAUCCUCACACGAAGCAUCCGUGAGGUUCGCUGAAUUAGCCACUACAGCUGACAUGUGGGCAUUUCUAGAAACUAAAUUCAUCAUGGAUCUCCAUGGUGUAGAUGAUAGAGAAGGUGCAGUUGAAGAUGACAACGAAGGAAGUGAAAAUAGCAGCGGUGAGGGUAACACAGCUGGUAGUUCUGCGGAACGCAGACGCCGGUCUGCUGAGGACAAGCUUGUAUUUCUAGAACAAAAUCUAGUGUUGGGACCACCACGCCUACGGCAGUUACGUGUGAAAGAGAAUAGUUGUAAUGUACAUAAUGUCUUCGGCAGGUAUUUCUCCAAGUGCUACGCAGACUAUUCGAGUAGUGAUGAAGAUACCACCGCCAUAUAUAAGGG